AUGUCGUCCGAAAGGCAGUUCAACGUUGCCAUCAUUGGCUAUGGCCUCUCCGCCAAAACCUUCCACAUCCCCUUCCUCAACCAAACCCCUUCCCUCAAACUGCACUCCAUCCUGCAACGCUCCCCAACCCCCGGCAACUCGGCCCGGGAGGACUACCCCUCCGUGACGCACUACACGGACCUCACCCCCUUACUCUCCGACUCGGCCGUCGACAUCGUGGUGCUCUGCACCCCUCCACAAACCCACUUCCCCUUUGCGCGCGCCGCGCUCGAGGCAGGUAAGCACGUGCUGGUCGAGAAGCCCUUCGUGCCGAGCUCGGCCGAGGCCGAAGCCCUCACGGCCCUGGCCGCGUCCCGCGGGCGGGUGCUCUGCGUGUACCAGAACCGGCGGUGGGAUGCCGACUUCUUGACGGUGCGGCGCCUGCUGGCCGAGGGCACGCUGGGCCGCGUCGUCGAGUUCGAGACGCACUUUGACCGGUACCGGCCAGACCCGCCCCAGUCGUGGAAGGGCGGUUUGACGAUGGCUCAGGGUGGCGGCGCGCUGUUUGAUCUCGGCAGUCAUUUGCUUGAUCAGGUGUUUGUCUUGUUUGGCAUGCCCACGUCGGUCUGGGCGAGGUUGGUGCGUCAGCGGCAGGGGCGGUUGGUCGGGACGCCCGAGACGGACGGUGAGCCGGAUAGUGUCACGGCAGUGCUGAGCUAUGCCAAUACGGGUAUGCUGGUGCAUGUGCGCAUCGGGGUGUUAAGUGCAGAGACCAGACAGCUGAGGUUCUGGGUUAGGGGGAGUAAGGGGAGCUACCACAAGACCGGGUUAGAUCCGCAGGAGGACUGGUUGAGGGGCGGUGGGAAGGUGACGGAUGCUGGGUUUGGGAGGGAGGAUGAGGCGCACUAUGGCAAGCUCUGCCUUCUGGCAGAGAAUGGGAAAGUCGAGGAGAGGAUAUGCCCGACCGUCGAGCCGGAAACGUACCUCAAGUUUUACAGCUUGUUCGCCAAGGCUGUGGAGAGCGGAAAGGAAGAGGACGUGCCAGUUCCCGCGUCGCAGGCCGCCAAGGUGCUGAGGAUCAUCGAGGCUAUUAUUGAGAGCUCAAAAUCGGGUAGGGAGGUUACAUUUUAA